AUGCAUAAUUAUCAUCGGAAGAGAAGCGUUAGGGCGGAGGAGGAGGAAGACGAAGAUGACGUAUUUCCGGUGUACUCGUCUCAAUCACAAGAUGAUAUGACGGCCAUGGUUUCUGCUCUGUCUGAGGUUAUCGGCACCGAUGACACUCAUCAUCAUCCUCACCCUACCAUCAUUCCAAACCAACCACCACUCAACAUUCAACACUCACCACCUGCUGCAGAAGGGAACCAAAGAGGAAGACAGAGACACUACAGAGGAGUAAGGCAAAGACCAUGGGGGAAAUGGGCUGCCGAGAUACGUGACCCCCACAAGGCGGCCCGGGUGUGGCUUGGCACCUUCGAGACCGCUGAGGCUGCAGCCAUUGCUUACGAUGAAGCUGCUCUUAGGUUCAAAGGCAACAAAGCAAAGCUCAAUUUUCCCGAAAGGGUUCAACCAGGGAGGUCUGAGUUGGGUUACCUAACCACACGCCCCCAUCACCCACCACCUCCUCAGUCUCAGCCACCGUAUCAUGCCACCAUGCCCCCAGAUUACUCACAGUUUCUUCUUGGUGCAGCAAAUGACAUGGGUUAUAAUCCAAAUAUAUUGCAGUCGUCUUCAUCGUCGUCUACAAAUCUGCAGGGAAGUUCAUCUGGUUUUGGAUCUAUGCAAUAUUGGCAAGAUUUUGAUCCAAAUAAUUAA